CGUCGGCUCCGUUCCCCAGUGUGGGCCAGGUCUGUGCCUUUGUGUGCUCCGUGUCCCGCUGCUGUGUGAGCCCCCAGCAACCCCCAAGCAGCAACAGCAUUUCCAGAGCAAAUCCUCCCGUCAGCAAUGCCCAAAUACCUCUGUUACUUUCGUUUCUGAAUGGAGGAGGUGCAGAAGGAAAUGGGCGUCCCGGCUGUGAGAUCUCAUUCAGCGGUUGCAUUUCCUGCUCCCUGCCCUCCACCCCCGCUGGCAGAGAAAGGACUGCACGAGUGGGUGGGCUUCGUGAAGACGAUGUUUUCUGGCUGCUGCCUCCACUGCCCUAUGCUGGCUGCUGUCAUUUACAGUGCCAUUUUCCACGUUCACAAGCUGCAGUCAGCCCCGUUCAGCGUGCAGGGCCCCCCUGACCCUGUGGCCGUGGCUGUGGGGCAGGACGUGGUGCUGCCAUGCCGCCUGUCCCCGGAGCAGAGCACACAGGACAUGGAGGUGACGUGGUUUAGGGACCAAUUCACGCCCUUCGUGCAUCGCUACAGGGAUGGCCAGGACCAGUAUGGGGACCAGGAGCUUCGAUACCAAGGGCGCACGGAAAUGCGCCUCGCCAAUGGCAGCGUGAGCUUGAGAAUCCUCCGCGUCCAGCUGUCUGACAGAGGGAGCUACACCUGCUUUGUUCGCACUGAUCAGGGAUAUGACGAGGCUGCGGUGGAGCUGCAGGUCACAGCCAGUGGCUCAGCCCCGCUCAUCGCACUGCAGCGCUACCAGGACGGCGGCAUCCGCGUGGCGUGCCGCUCUGCAGGCUGGUUCCCGCAGCCCCAGCUGCUGUGGCGGGACCCCCGUGGGCAGUGGCUGCCCUCCCUCUCUGAAAACCUCACCCAGGAUGGCGGUGGCCUCUACACAGCAGAGAGUGUCCUCGUCCUCGCCAGUGGUGACAGCCAGGAGCUGGCCUGCGUGGUCAGGGCUGCGCUGCACAACCAGGAGAAGGAGUCCCUGUUCUCCGUCGCAGAUCCUUUUUUCCAAAACGCCAGACCGUGGAAGAUCGCCCUGAGCCUGGUACUGGUUGCAGUGGUCGCUCUCUCCAUCGUUGCUGUUUAUCUGCUGAAAAUGAAAGGAAAGCAUGAGAAAAAAAUAGCAGCACAAGCCGCAGAGCUGCGAGACCGUGACUCCAAAAUUGAGAAACAAGCUGAGGAACUUGUGUGGAGAAGAUAUGCAGCGCCGAUUGAAGAUGCGAAGGUGGUUCUGGAUGCAGGCACUGCCCACUGCGACCUGAUCCUGGCUGAUGAUGGCAGGAGUGUGAAGCGCACAGACCGACGCCAGGACGUCCCCAGCCGCCCCGAGCGCUUCGAUCCCUGGCGCUGCGUGCUGGGCUGCGAGGGCUUCACGGCGGGGAGGCACUGCUGGGAGGUGGAGGUGGUGCUGGAUGGAGGGGGCUGGACUGUGGGCGUCUGUCGAGAAGACGUGAGGAGGAAAGGGGAGAUUGAGUUCGGCCCAGAGGAAGGCAUCUGGGCCGUGGGGCAGUGGGCAGGGCAGUUCCAGGCACUCACAUCUCCGCAGCGCACGCUCCUUCCCGAUGUUCACACUCCCACGCGGGUCCGGAUCGCUCUGGAUUAUGAAUUGGGCCGGGUGGCGUUCUUCAGCGUGGAUGAGGAGAUCCCCAUCUUCACAUUUCCACCGGUGUCAUUCCAUGGGAUAAAAGUCCACCCCUGGCUCUGGCUGGGUCCUGGUACACAGCUCAAAAUGUGGCCCUGAUGAAGAGGAGGAGGAAAGUGAAGGCGCUGCUGGGAUUGAUCCCUGCUGCUAAACAACCAGCCUUUAUCAGUUGGGAUGAAUUUGCCAUCUCCACCUCCAAAGGUAAAUGAUGUAACCUCUCUGGACCUCUGCCCAAGGCUGGUUAGGGUUAGGUAUAUGCUUCAUCUGAGGCCAGGCGUGCUGUCACACCAGCUCCUUCACUCAUCUGAUGUCCAGCAGGCAUGGACCUUUCCAAAUAAAGGCUUUACCUGUAUUGCCAAGUGUGUUUUCAAUUCCAGAAAUGAAUGAGCAUACACUUGUAUGCAACACAAAUAAAGUCUGUUCACGCUCAGCCCAGGAGCACUGAGCCUCACUGCAGAGAAGUCCAAAAGGAACAGCUCAGAGAUGCAGCCUGAGCUUGCAGCAAGGUUCUCCAGGUGUUUGCUGGAAUACACAAGAAAAAGCCUCCUCUAUAGCAGGACCCCUCAUGUGAGCACUGCAAGAGGAGCCAGAGCCAAAGUGGGGACACUGAAAUCUUCCCCAUUCUCCUCCUUUACCUGUGCAGCAGCUUGAGAUCCUGCAAGUGGAAAGUGGAGAAGCCACCUGAGGAGCACAUCAUGAUUGCAAGCCCCAGCAUAGAAAAGAUGUGGAUCUGUUGGGGAGAGCCGAGAGGAGGUCAUGAAGGUGCUCAGAGGGCUGGAACACCACUCCUAUGGAGGACAGCUAAGCUUGUUCAGCCGGGAGGAGAGAAGCUCUGAGGAGAGCUCAUGGCUGCAAACCAUUCUGUGAUUACAUUCCAUGAUUCUGUGGCACCGAGGUCAGGGUCUGCCUGAGCACCGGUUUGCUGGCAGGAGGUGGUAAGACAAACAAAGUGCCUUUGUAUCACUUGGGGGUUUUGCUGAUGCUUUUUCUCAUGGCCUUUAUUAAACUCUCACUAUCUCAA